AUGCAAGCUUCAGAGAAUAAAAAUACAGAAAAGGCAGAACCAUUCUACAGGCUUUCAGUGCCAAAGCGGAAGACCAGUUCUGAGAUUAUAAAUGAAGCCAGAAAUGUUCUACGAACACUAAGAACUCGGAGACCAUUUACACCUACAGAGGACCAAAGGAAACUUUUUGGAUCUGGAUCUUCACGAGCUCCUCAAAAUAGACCUCCUUCAGUUUUUAGUCUUCAUGCAUCCAGUUUUGAUUUGGCUGAAUCAAGACCAGUGUCUGGUGUUCGUCUUAGCCCACUGGAUCAUAAACCUGUACUAGUCACUUUUGCAAAACAUGAAGAUUCUUCCAUUUCCAUUCCAAAGCCUCCUGCAGAUGCUGCAGAGCUUAGAAAAGUCAGCAGUGCUCGGGCAUGCUUAUUGAGAAGAACUUCUCAGGGAAAUUUCCUUUCUGCUAAAAUGGUUCCUCCUAAUCGGAAUGAAGAGAAGCUCUAUUCUGAAGAACCAGCUAUGAUGAGUACUCUUUGUAGAAGUAAUGAUAAGUCCUUAGCGGAGCAAAGGUCAUGCACACCAUUUAAUGAUGAAAGUAAACAAUUAACUUGUAAUGAGCAUAUCAGUGGCUUGAAGAGGGAAGACUUCCUAAAAGGAGCUGCAGGAAAGUUUUUAUUUCAACUGAGAGGAGAAAUAAAUGCCAACAGUGAUGGCAGAUUUGCUGAUGAAGAGCAACAGUUUCCCUGUGACCAGAUGAAAAAGUCUGGCACAAGUUCAUCAUGGCCCAGGAGUACAGGCUGGAAGAGAAGAGUAACAGGCUUAGAGGGUGAAACAAGAAUAAAUGAAUCAGAAGAGGAAGAAUUUUUUUGGCAUGUAAAGAUUCUACCAAUUCUGCAUGAACUGGAAAAAGUAGAAGACAAUAUAGAAAAUCUUUGUCUGGCUUGCACCAAGCUCUAUCAAGCCUUGAAUGAAGGAAAUAUGCUUGGAAAAAGAUUUAAACGAAGAAGUGUGCUUCUGAAGACAUUAUAUAAACUUGUAGACAUUGAUUCAGAUCCACUUUGCCUGAAACUGGCAAAGAUUAUUCUGGCUAUGAAAGUGGAUGGAAAAAAUCUUAUCGGUGUUUGCAAGCUUGCAUUUAAAAUUUGCAAGAAUGAAAAAAAUGAUGACAUCAUUCAAAAUGAUAGAUUACUGGAUUGUUUGCUGGAGGUCUUGAGAACUGAAGAUCUACGCAAAAACAAUGAAGCUCUCCUGUAUUGCAUGGGAGCUGUAAAAUUCAUGUCUGGAAAUGCAGUACUCCUUAAUGAAAUGGUCAACAAAGGAGCUAUUGAAAUGUUGCUGCAAUUAAUGAAGCAGAUUAAUAAUAUAAAAGAAAAUGACACAUAUUUCUCCAACUUGGGCCAUCUAUUAGUCCAGCUGACAGCUACUUUGCGAAACUUGGCUGACUUACCUCCGGCAAGGCGCCAGCUCGUUUGCAACGGCGCAGUCUCUGAGCUCUCUGUGGCGCUGGAGCAGCGUGUGGAUGAUAAGGAUGUGUGCACCUAUAUAGUCAGGAUAUUCAGCAAACUUUCUUCCUAUGAUGACUUCUGUGCAGUUUUAGCAGACUGCUCCAGAUGUUACGUCUUAUUUUUAGCCCUACUAAACAAACACCAGAGGCAGCAG